AAUACCAUCUACAACACUUCUCCUCUGCAUAUACAGCAGCAAUUCCUAUCCUCUUCCUGAUGUCCACGCCUCUUCCCUUUCAAUCCUAGCCUUCCUUGUAGAUGAGUUUUACUUGCUUGUUUGGAUGGCUGUUUUGAGACAGACACAAAGUGGAAAACCAGACUGAAAGUGGUCUUUUGGAAGUGGGAGGUGAUAGAGGGAAAUUCACAGGUGGAGCAUAGAUUGGAAAGAGGCAGUUGUUUCAGGAUAAACAGAGGGGAAGUCUACUCAGGCUCACAGCUAUACAGCUAUACAGGGACAGGUUGGACUGGUUUCUCCUUCACAAGACCUUAGUCUCUACCGCUCGCAUUCAUUUAUACUAGCAGAGAAAGGAGGAAGAAGUGAACCAGAUAAGGGGGCUUUGGAAAGAGUAAAAGGGUUCUCUAGACAUUUCAACAUUUGACCCAGAAAGGAAUUUCAAGAUGCCAGGGGAUGGAGAAUAUUAUGGAAAGCAUGCAGGGAGGAAUUUGUCAGGUUGCCAGGCGUGUCUGCCUGGAAGGAAAAGUCAUCUGACAGAACAAUGGGAGGAGAAGGGAGGCAUACAGUUUCUUAACCGUGAGCCAAGGAAGUAUGACCCAACCUUCAAGGGCCCGAUCCAGAACAGGGGCUGCACAGACAUCAUAUGCUGCAUCCUCUUCAUUCUUGCCAUACUGGGUUAUAUUGCAGUGGGAAUACUAGCCUGGUCCCAGGGUGACCCCAGAAAGGUGAUCUAUCCCACAGACAGUCAAGGCCAGUUCUGUGGACAGGCUGGCACCAAACUUGAGAACAAGCCCCUGUUGUUCUACUUCAACAUCAUGAAGUGCGCCAGCCCCGUAGUGCUGCUGGAGUUCCAGUGUCCGACCACACAGAUGUGUGUGGAGAAGUGCCCCGAAAAGUUCAUGACAUUAGUCAAAGCGUACAACAACAAAAAUGACUUUGACUACUACAAAAACUUCUGCAAGGAAGGUGUGACUAAUACAAUGGCUAUAUCGGUUAUCCUCAGUUUAGGUCUCUGUCCUGCCAUGCUGACCCCCAGCAAGCCCUUCACACGCCGGUGUUUCCCAGCUUUGGGCCAGAAAGGAGGGGUGAUAACUGUGGGAAACAAAUCUCACUUUGAUGAUGGAACCGGAAACAUGAUAGAUGCCAAGAAUCUGGUGGAUGGAGUCAAGAAUGCCACUGUGGUUAUUGAGGCUCGUCAGGUGGUCAUGAAAAUCUUUGAAGAUUACACACAGUCCUGGUACUGGAUUCUCAUAGGGUUGGUUAUUGCUAUGCUCACCAGCCUGCUCUUCAUCAUCCUCCUGCGCUACCUGGCAGGGAUAAUGGUCUGGGUCAUUAUUGCAAUGGUGAUACUGGUCAUAGGAUAUGGUAUCUUCCACUGCUACAUGGAGUAUGCUGCCCUGAAGGGAGAGCCAGGAGCUAAUGUGACUCUACAGCAACUGGGCUUCCAGACAGACUUCUCAGUCUACCUGCAGAUUAGACAGACCUGGCUAGCCUUCAUGAUUAUCCUGGCCAUUGUGGAAGUCAUUAUCAUCCUACUGCUCAUCUUCCUCAGGAAAAGGAUUCUCAUUGCCAUUGCUCUCAUCAAAGAAGCCAGCAGAGCCAUUGGGCAUGUGAUGUGUUCCCUUCUCUAUCCACUGUUCACUUUCCUCCUCCUGGCCAUAGUAAUCGCCUACUGGGCAGUUACUGCUGUUUUCUUGUCUACCUCGAAUGAGCCUAUUUACAAAGUUUUCAAUGAGACGGCAUGUGACCAUUCAAGGAAAAUUUGUGACCCAGCUAACUACACAAUCAGUCCCAUGAAAGCGCAGUGCCAUGACUCCCAGUGCCUUUUUGCCUUCUACGGAGGAGAGACAGUUUACCACAAAUACCUGAUCGGCUUGCAGUUCUACAACGUCUUCCUCUUCUUCUGGUGUGCCAACUUUGUCAUUGCUCUGGGACAGAUGACACUGGCCGGGGCCUUUGCCUCGUACUACUGGGCCUUUGUCAAGCCAGAUGACAUGCCUGCCUUCCCAGUGUUUUCUUCCCUAGGGAGAUCUCUCAGAUAUCAUACAGGAAGUCUGGCAUUUGGCUCCCUUAUUCUAUCCAUCAUUCAGAUCAUCAGGGUUCUGCUGGAGUAUCUGGACCACAAGCUGAAAGGAGCCCAAAAUAAGUUUGCGAAGUUCCUGUUGUGCUGUCUGAAGUGCUGCUUCUGGUGUCUGGAGAAAUUCAUCAAGUUCCUAAACAGAAAUGCCUACAUUAUGGUGGCGAUAUAUGGCAAAAACUUUUGCACCUCAGCCAGAGAUGCCUUCUUCCUCCUCAUGAGGAACAUGAUCAGGGUGGCUGUCUUGGAUAAAGUGACAGAUUUCCUCUUGUUUUUGGGCAAACUACUCAUCGUUGGGCUUGUGGGAGUCUUUGCCUUCUUUUUCUUCUCUGGGAGAGUGAAAGCCUUUGAGAAUACAGCUCCCAAUCUCCACUACUACUGGGUACCCAUCCUGACUGUCGUGAUUGGCUCGUAUCUCAUCGCCCAUGGAUUCUUUAGUGUGUACGCCAUGUGUGUGGACACUCUGUUCCUCUGUUUCUUGGAGGAUCUUGAGAGAAAUGAUGGCAGUCCAGAGAGGCCCUACCUGAUGCCUGAGAGCCUCCGCAAAGUCCUAAAUAAGAAGAACAAGACCCAGCUAGCUCAGUAGAGCACAUCCUCUAACAGUGUAAGCCUUAGUGAGGUGAGACUGUGGGCUAAAAUUGACUGUGGUUUGAUUCAGUGGAAACAGGUCAGGACAAGAACCUAAUGCCAUCAGUCACCAGGAGCCUACAGGUGACAAUCAGUAGUGUCAUCCAUUGUAUUUUGUUUCUGCCAAAUAGGUCAUAACUUUAGUCCAACAUGUGUCGUCCAAUUAGAAUCUAAAAUGGGGUUCACAUUCCCACAUGUCUCCAUUUCUUAUGAGUGAGACAGUUUGGUUUUUCAUAAUACCAGGAAUUCAAUUUAGACCUUUUACGGAUUUUAACAUUUUGGACGUUAUUUUGUGUUUGUUUCAUGCAGUUAACAUCCAAAAACUUUUUUUUAGUAUGUUGUUAAUUUGAGUAUGUUUUUAUUUUUAAUGAGUGUUACGUGAAGGUACACGUAAAAGCAAGGUAAGCAUAAAAGUAAUCUAUUAAAGUUGUUUAAAAUGUA